AUGUGGAAAUGGACCUCCAAGACAAGAAACCACAUCUUUGCCUUCGUGCUCGUUCUCGCCACGGCAGUCGUCCCGCUCAUUAUCUUGGGAGAAGCUACAUCCCCGCCCUACGCCGGCCGCGCCCCCUUUUCGUCACUCUUCCUCGACAAAGUGAUAUCCUGCGGCGGCAGCAUCGGCGGACGCCCCGCAAACUCGACAAUCACAGGUAUGGAAAAGGUCUUUGCGCUCGACAUGACGUUUGGGCAGUACACCUUCUCGCAGGUCAAAGCCAUCGACAUUGCGUGGGAUACAGGUAUGGGACGCGGUCUGCAGCUGGUGGCGUCGUGGGCGUCGUAUAUCAUCUUUUGUGAUGCGCUGCUCAAGUCGAUCGAGAGGCAUCCCGCGUCGUUUAUUACGUUUCAGCGGAUAGCGCUCGAGGGGCCUAGGUUAAAGUCGAUUGCGACGUUGAUGGUUGAGUUGUGGGCGGCAAAGAGUAAGAGGACGAAGGCGUUGUUUUUCUACAUGCUGUGGUCUACGGCGUACAUUAUCACCUUGCCGAUUGUGAUUGGGGCCAUGACGGGAUAUGAUGCUACGGCUGUAGCGUGGAUUGAUAUCGAGGGCGUGGAUAAUAUUGUGCCGGCGUCGUCGGUGAAGGAGACGUGGAUGGUCAAGGGGACGGUGAAUGAGACAUUCGUGCAGCCAGCGUGUGUGGAUAAGCAGUUGAAAGACAAGUAUUCGUGGAUUGUGGGUCAGCGGCUCGAAACGUGUGACUGUCAGAUUCCCAACGGAACAAGGUACUCUGGCAAAGAACUCGAGAGCAUGAGGCUCACUAGUCAGUUCUACGAAGUCAUGAGCUUGGGCUGUAUCUACAACUUCACGUCCAACGCGCAGACAUGGGAAGGCGUGGACUUCCCCGACCGCAACUCACGUAAAACCUACUCGUGCAACUCCACUAUGCCCGUAACCAUAAAGGACAAGACGUACGACGCACAGGACCUCGUCACAAGCUCCGGCUACUGCCACCAGUCCAUCGCCUACAACGAGACUUAUCUCGAGGGAAAAUCGCGCUGUCUGCCCGACACUGCGCAUCCGUCUUACGAAUGGGGUUUCUCAACACUGCUGAGCGGUCUCUUUGUCUUUGUGACUUCAGCGUGGGUGAUAAGCAUGUACAUACUAUGGCUGGAUUCGCAGCGCGACAGUACGCUCGUGCAGAUGGGAUACCGCAUGACGCCUCUACGUGCGGCGUUUGCGAUGGCGAGAGCAGCGAGGCAGCGUACGGGAUACUGCGAGAAGCAGCUUGUAAGAGCGGAUACGGAGGCGCUGGAGAAGGAGUUGUAUGGACACAAGGGAAGCAGGAAGACAAAGGUUGACUUUGGGGUUUUUGUGGAGGAUACAGAGGGGGGUGAGGAGAUGCGGGGGUGGCAGAAGGUGGGAGAUGGCAGGAACAGCCAUUGA